GUUUUGAUUGAUUGAAUCAUACAAAGUCGAAUCCAAAGUUUUUGAUCUUAAUAAACUCGCAUAAUCUCUUCCUCUCUGAAUAAAUCAAGAUGAGUAAUGGCAGCUUCAAAGAGGAUCAUGAUUUCGAGAAGAGGAAAGCUGAGGCUUUAAGGAUCAGAGACAAGUAUCCUGACAGAGUCCCGGUGAUUGUGGAGAAGUCAGAGAAAAGUGAUAUCCCUAACAUUGACAAGAAGAAAUACCUCGUCCCAGCUGAUCUAACCGUUGGUCAGUUUGUGUAUGUGAUUCGUAAAAGAAUCCAACUUAGUGCAGAGAAAGCUAUCUUCAUCUUUGUUGAUAAUGUUCUUCCUCCCACCGGAGCGAUGAUGUCAACCAUCUACGAAGAAAAGAAAGAAGAAGACGGAUUCUUGUAUGUUACCUACAGUGGGGAAAACACAUUUGGAUCGUCAAUCAAUUAAAUUUGGUGUUCUUGCUUUUAAUUGAAUGUAAAUAUUCUAUUUGCUCUUUUUGUUCAUCAACUUGCUUGCUCAGCUACGGGUACGAUUAUGAUUUAUGUAGGAACAAUCAAUGGGUUUGAAAACAAAGUGUUAAGUUUUUU